AUUACUCGUACCAGUUAUCUUUCGUACUUUGAAGUCAGCUUUGUUCGUGGCUGACGUUUGUUCUGUUCACGCCGAGACUCCUUUAAUGGCGUAACUUAAUUUAUUUUCUUUCAGUCCAAUUUUGAGGUGUGAAUUGUGAAGGACACCCCGGCGAAGAGUCCCUCACACUUCACAGUUUUUUGCUUGUUUUCCUCCCGUUAUUUUUUUACUGGAGUGAUCUGGAGAGUGAUUGGGCAUUCUUCCCCCAAGAUAAGCCAGUCAAAGGUAGGUGUCGUGCAUACGUGGACGCUCCAAGUCAAGAAAACUUAAUAUUUGGUAUCUCUGUUAUUUUUCUACUUUUUUUGUCAUACAAUCAACAGAUCCAUCAGCAUGAGCCAAAAAACCUAUCAAACUUUGGCUGUGACAGUUCAGGAUGGUGUGCAAGUGAUACGACUAAAUCGUCCUGAAAAACGAAAUGCUAUUAACCAAGAUAUGUACAGGGAAAUCCCAGAAGCCUUGCUGGACGGUGCAUUGAAUAAUGAUGUUGUGGUAACGGUAAUCACUGGCUCAGGAAGUUAUUACUGCAGUGGUAACGAUUUGAGUGGUUACCUAAGUUGGUCUGGCUCAGAUUUGGAAAAAACUCUUGAACAGGCAGCUGCCAUUUUACGGACAUUUGUUCAGUCAUUCAUCGAUUUUCCCAAAAUUUUGGUUGGCGUAGUUAAUGGGCCAGCUGUGGGGUUGGCCACAACUACUCUUGCUUUGUUUGAUGUUGUCUACUGUGCAAAUAAUGCUACAUUUUCUACACCAUUUACUGCAUUGGGAUUGACUCCAGAAGGAUGCUCCUCUUAUACAUUUCCAAAGCUGCUUGGACCUCUUAGGGCAGCACAGCUUUUGAGUUUUGGCAAAGUUCUUUCUUCAGCUGAAGCAUUGAAUUGGGGCUUUGUUUCUGAAGUUUAUGCUCCCACAGAUGAGAAUGAAAUUUGGAAACGGAUACAUGCUCUUGCUCAAUUACCAUCUAAGUCUCUGAUUUAUGGAAAGCGACUUCUUCGGUCCCAGGAUCGUGCUGCUCUUUAUGAAGCUAAUCGCAAAGAAUGUGAACAGUUAGUAGAGCGAUGGCAGUCAGAGGAUUGUAUGAAUGCUGUUUCUAAUUUUUUCAGCGCCAAACGUAGUAAACUGUAAUUCAAGUUAAAUGUAAGAAUAUGGACAAAAUUUUUCUGUAAGUGAAAUUGUAUGCAUCACCUGAACACACAUUACAUCACGACGAAAGUAAACUUUAUUCACAUAUGUGAUACAAUUGUCUAGAAAAUAAAUGUCAUAUCAUUGAAGAAA